AUGGCGACGGCUGUCUGCGGUCUGCAGUCCAACGGAAAACCGGGCAAAACACACCGAGAAACCCGCAGGAAAACCAAGGAUUCCCGGAGGAGACAAGCGGCUCUAUUGUUCCUCAAUAAUAUCUCUCUCGACGGACGGCCGCUGUGGCAGCUCGGCGAUGAAAACACGGAUCCCACCGCGGCGGAGGAGCAGCAGAGAGACCGGGGAGACACGGAGGUUCCUCUGCCGCCGAUAGAGAGCCAAGAGCCGGCCAGCGCGGUGACACAACCCCCGGUCUCUGGAGGAGGCUCGUCCUCCAGCGUCCCGGGGGUCCUCGGUCCUCCUCCCCGGCCUUCAGGAAGGAUGUCCCCGGGACCAGACGGUGCUAAUGAGGUGUUCCUGGAGUUUGGCGGAGUGGGUGACCCUCUGACCCCCGACCCCCCCCUGUCCCCCCCCCCCGGGCACCAGCCCUGCUCCCGGGUCCGAUCCACGCCCGCUGCCCUGAGCCCGGCUCUGGACCCCCGGCAGAGGUUGAGGAACGUCUCUGGUUCUCCUGGACCCAAAGUGCCAAAGAAAGUCCACUUCAUCAAGAGCAUGAGACAGUACGACACCCGGGGCUGCAGGAUCGUGCUGAUUUGUGCCAAGCGGUCGCUUUACGCCGCUUUCUCAGUGCUGCCGUACGGAGAGAGUCACCUGAGUGAUGCUAAGCUGGAGGCUCACAGACAGAGGCUCUCGUCUGUAGUGGCUGCCGACCUGCUGCCGUCGCUGGAGGGCGUGGAGCUGGGAGACCUGGGGAAGACGGUGUCGUACGCCCAGUUUCUGUUCCCCACCAACGCCCUGGUGAGGCUGAAGAGUGGGGGGGCGCCGGACAGCGCUCAGACCCCCCAGUCCCGUUUCCGAGGCAACGGGCAGAGGACCUUCACCCCCGCCCGCCUGAACAACAGCGUGGCACCAGAGCCCAGUGUGGAGGAGGUGGUGGAGUACGACCCCAACCUGCUCAGUGACCCUCAGUGGCCGUGUGGCCGACACAAGAGGGUCCUGAUCUUCGCUUCAUACGUGACCACCAUCGUGGAGUACGUGAAGCCUUCAGACCUGAAGAGGAACAUGAACGAGAUGUUCAGAGAGAAGUUUCCUCACAUCAAGCUGACGCUCAGCAAGAUACGAAGUCUGAAGCGGGAGAUGCGAGCGAUGAGUGACGACUGCGGCCUGCAGCCGGUCACCAUCGCCAUGUCCUUCGUUUACUUUGAGAAGCUGGUGCUGCAGGGCCGCCUCAACAAACAGAACAGGAAGCUGGUGGCGGCGACCUGCGUCCUGCUGGCAGCCAAGAUCAGCAGCGACCUGCGGAAACCUGAGGUCAAACAGCUGAUCGACAAGCUGGAGGAGCGGUUCCGGAUCAACCGGCGGGAGCUGAUCCCUCUGGAGUUCCCCGUGCUCGUGGCUCUGGAGAUGGGCCUGUAUCUCCCCGAGAGCAAAGUCAUGCCCCACUACCGCAGACUGGUGCAGCAGGGCUAGUGUGUGUGUGUGUGUGUGUGGUUGUUGUGUGUGUGUGUGUGUGUGUGUGUGUGUGUGUGGUGUGUGU